CAACCCACCACGACCAUGAGCUGCUCUGGCUGUUCCGGAGGCUGUGGCUCCAGCUGUGGGGGCUGUGGCUCCAGCUGCUGUGUGCCCGUCUGCUCUGGCUGUUCCGGAGGCUGUGGCUCCAGCUGUGGGGGCUGUGGCUCCAGCUGCUGUGUGCCCGUGUGCUGCUGUGUGCCAGCCUGCUCCUGCUCCAGCUGUGGCUCCAGCUGUGGGGGCUGCAAGGGGGGCUGCAAGGGCUCCUGUGGGUCCUGUGGGGGCUGCAAGGGGGGCUGCAAGGGCUCCUGUGGAUCCUGUGGGGGCUGCAAGGGGGGCUGCAAGGGCUCCUGUGGGUCAUGUGGGGGCUGCAAGAGCUCCUGUGGGUCCUGUGGGGGCUGCAAGGGGGGCUGCAAGGGCUCCUGUGGGUCCUGUGGGGGCUGCAAGGGGGGCUGCAAGGGGAGCUGUGGAUCCUGUGGGGGCUGCAAGGGGGGCUGCAAGGGCUCCUGUGGGUCCUGUGGGGGCUGCAAGGGCGGCUGUGGCUCUUGUGGCUGCUGUCAGUCCAGCUGCUGCCAGCCCUGCUGCUGUCAGUCCAGCUGCUGUCAGCCCUGCUGCUGUCAGUCCAGCUGCUGUAAGCCCUGCUGCUGUGAGUCCAGCUGCUGUAAGCCCUGCUGCUGUCAGUCCAGCUGCUGUAAGCCCUGCUGCUGUCAGUCCAGCUGCUGUAAGCCCUGCUGCUGUCAGUCCAGCUGCUGUAAGCCCUGCUGCUGUGAGUCCAGCUGCUGUAAGCCCUGCUGCUGUGAGUCCAGCUGCUGUAAGCCCUGCUGCUGUCAGUCCAGCUGCUGUAAGCUCUGCUGCUGUCAGUCCAGCUGCUGUAAGCCCUGCUAUUGUGAGUCCAGCUGCUGCCAGCCCUGCUGCGUCCCCGUGUGCUGCCAGUGCAAGAUCUGAGUUGGAGCCCUGCCUCUAUCUGCCCAGCCACCCUGUUCCCUGUGCAUAGUGGUGACUCGUCCCCCUUUGUGUCCCUCCUCUAGGCAGUUAUGUGGAGCAGUUUCAGCCAGGAGUCUUCGCAGGCACAGACAAAAGAUUCCUGCUGGCCUCCCCCAGGUCACUCCUGAAUCUUGUCACCAUUCCGGUUUCCGGCCCUGACCUGAUGUCCCACAGGCCCCUGCGAGGUGGAUAGAUAGCCAUUGCUGGUUAGUCCCACGUCUCCAGCCUGCUUCCCCGACACCCCUGCCCCCACCUGUCUGUCCACACUGGGUUCUGACUCCAGUCCCCCCAGCCACCCAGACAUUGCGGAAGUAAAUAAAUAGCCCACACACCACA